GGAGCUGUAUGCAAAAAAUAUAUAUUUCACUGCACCUGGUACACGACAAUAAAUAAACCAUUGAUAAAUGUUUAGAUGCCACACAAAGCAACAUAGAAUGGGUAGGUAGGAACUGCAGAUGCUGGUUUAAACCAAAGGUAGACACAAAAUGCUGGAGUAACUCCGCGGGACAGGCAGCAUCUCUGGAUAGAAGGAAUGGGUGACGUUUUGGGUCGAGACCCUUCAUCAGACUGAAGCCAGGGGAGAGCGAGACACAUAGAUAAGGAAGUGUAAGGUGUGAAAACGGGACAAAGGAGAUGAAGAUCAAGGAAAAUGUCGAAUAGAUCAUUGUUAGCCGGUGGAAGGUAGCAACAAAGCAAACAGCUGGGAGAAGAAAUUAGUUUAUUAUUGCUGAUGAGUUGUGAAUAUUGUUACAAAUGAUUAUUAUGACUUUAUUAAUGUUAUGUAAUUAUACGCUUUGCAUCGUUACUUGUCCAACAUGUUUCUUUUUACCUUUGGCAGCCCAAAUCCAGAGAAUGGUCCCUGGAAAGUGACCCUAGACACUCCUAGUUUUAAACCAAUAAUGGUGUACAGUAGAAACAGACAGUUAAAAGAACGUCUUUACAAAGCCUUUAUCUCUCGAGCCAUAGGCGGGCAGUAUGACAACAGUGUACUGAUUGAUGAGAUUCGUCAGCUGAGGCAUGAGAUUGCCAGAAUUCUUGGCUACGAAAACUUUGCUGAACUGGUGGUGAGUAGAAGCAUGGCAGGAAGUGUGGAGAAGAUCUGGGAGUUUAUUGACAUUCUACGUGACAGGAGCUUUUCAGGUAGGGAAGUGGAGUGUGAUAAAUAGUGGUUGUAAUUGGGUGAGUGGAUGCUUUUUGAGAUUGAUGAUUGAUUUUCAAAACCGCAACAGUAAAAAUUGAUGGCCAUCUGUUUUAUUAAUAGUGCCUUUGUGGACAGCUUGUCUUCAAUCACUGAAGCCUGAAACUCUAGGCUUCCCAUCUUACAUCUAUCUAUGUACCUUUCCUUGUUUAUGAGGCUUUAUAAAACCUAUUUCUUUGACCAAGCUUUUGAUCAAUUGUUAUACGUG